CUGACUUACGCUAAACCUCUCCGCUCUUUCUCGUCACACUGCAUCUGGGUCUGCUGUCUGUGCUGCCUCCAGAUGAGCUAGACCCAGUUGCCAGGACUAAUUUAGCCUGUAUGUGCAGUGGUCUCUGGUUACCUCUUGAGAUUUUGGGUUUUUUUGUCCUUUCAAGAAUAUAAUUCUUCUAAUCUACUAAAAAAAGUCUAUCUGAAAAAGCCAAGAACACAGAACACCACUCUUCUUUUUUUCUUCCCCCGUCUCGUCUAGAAUACUUGACUUCCGUAACGUUUAUUUUCAACAGCCACUUUCAGCUUCCUGUCUCUGCUGUGUUUCCACCUGUGGAUGGGGCAGAAGUGGAGCUGUGGUGUCUUGUGAAGGCCAGCUUUAGCAUGGGAUUUAACCUGAAGAAAAUACUUGCAGAAGAAAAAGAAACGUCGUUUGACUCACUGAAGAUUUAAAAACCAACAGCACCACAGAGCCAUGUGGGACAAAAGGGGAUUUUAGUCUCAAGUGGCAGAAUCAAGUCAUAAGAAGUAAAGAGAUUUGGAUGGUUUCUCUCUAAAUGGAAGUUAUGUAGAAAGCCUCUGAGACCACUGCAUCUCUCCAUCGCACUUCUGCUGCACAGAGACGGCGCUCUGGGCCCUGGACAUUAAUAAAAUGCUGGAUUCAGUCAAGUGUGUCUUGGUGGGAGACUCUGCGGUUGGGAAGACAUCUCUUUUGGUACGUUUCACCUCUGAGACUUUUCCAGAUGACUACAGACCCACUGUAUAUGAAAAUACCGGAGUGGAUGUCUUCAUGGAUGGUAUGCAGAUUAGCUUAGGUCUGUGGGACACAUCUGGCAGUGAUGCCUUCAGAGGCAUUCGCCCCCUUUCAUACCAACAGGCAGAUGUGGUAUUAAUGUGCUACUCGGUGGCAAACCACAACUCCUUUCUGAACCUGAGGAACAAAUGGAUCGGUGAGAUCCGCAGCCAUUUGCCCCGCAUCCCCGUUUUGGUGGUGGCCACUCAGACUGACCAGCGUGAAACGGGUCCCUACCGUUCCUCCUGCAUCAGCUCGAUCGAUGGGAAGCGGCUUGCCCAGGAUGUGCGAGCCAAAGGCUAUUUGGAGUGCUCUGCCCUCAGCAACCGAGGGGUGCAGCAGGUGUUUGAGUAUGCCGUGAGGACAGCAGUCAAUCAAGACAAAAGGCGGAACAGACGGAAGCUCUUCUCCAUUAACGAGUGCAAAAUCUUUUGAGGACUCUCAGCAGUGGUUUUGCUCACGUUCGGUCUUUCUGUUUUCACACAAAGAUACUGCAGCAGAGAGAAUAGGAGGUGAAUCAAAGGAGGCCUCCUGGCAGGACCACAGUGCAGGUGCCUCAUGAGACAGAUGUGCUCUCUAUCUGAUUCUCUCCCCCAAACACACAUGAGCACUAUCUUGAAAAACAAAAGGUGCAGGUACGUGCCCUUAUUCACAAGCCUGUGUUUGGACUUUGCUAGCAUGGACUGGAGCAGGCCUAGCCUGGAAAUCUGCAGAUAACAGCUGUGCUGAUUUUGCUGUUGUUUCUGUUCAUGUUCCUCAGUUGUUGGUUUGUCUUCAUCUGCAUUUAUUUAAUGACAAACUUCUGCCUGGAUCAACCCCUACCUUGUCCGUGUGGAUUUUUUUCCUUAAGAAUUUGGCAUAUAAAAUCUGACCAUUGUGUAUUCUAUUUGAAGGACUCUUGUAUACAUUGUUGUGAAAUCCUGAAAGUUUGUUUUAGUAUUUUGGAGGUUUUCCCUUUAGCUAACCACAGAAGCAGAUUGUCCUAUCCGUAUAAAAAGUGGCCUGCAGAGAAGCCUAGCGCUUCUUAGGCAUGCCCGAGUCAUUGCAUAACAGUCAUCAAAUCCAGUACAUCCAGCACAGGAACAAUCAAAACUUAGUGGCAUUUGACAGCCCUCUGGCAGCUUUGUGAGAUUUAUGUUGUAACAUUAAUCUUGUUCCUCAGCAAUGUGGUCAAACAUGGGAAACUAAUCUGAUUCUUCCUAGACUUCACCAGGUUACAACCCCAGAAGGGCUUUCAGUCAAGGCUGUUUUAGAUGUGUUUUGUGUGGCAGAGAUGAAUCUGUGCUACCUACCAUCACUUCUGUUGUCCCUGCUGUAAUUCUGGACACAAAAGAUUUCAAUCUCUGGGGAUGAAAGCUAUUUUUCCAUGAGCACUAAAAUUUUCACAUAUUUUUAGUACACUUUUUUUUCAAAACAGUGGAUUUAGUGAAAUCAGUCAUCUACAGUAGUAAAAAAAUAAGUACAUGGCAAUGUUGAAUUUGUGUAUUUAGAAUGGUUAAACAAUAUUCUUCUUUUUGAGUUUGCAUACUAAGUUUAACUGCCUGGGCUGUAUCAAAGUAAGAUUGAAACAGGCUUUGUAUGCUGGGGAGCUUGUCAAGUCUAAGAGUCAAAUCCUGACGUACCUACUCAGGCCAAGUUACCCUCCUGCACAGAAAGUCAGGCUAAGCAGGUGGAAACAGCUUACAGGUAUAUAAGAGAACUCUGCUAGAAGAUGGAGUGGGCUGAACACACACUCCUGUACAGUACUCUCCUCCUCAGAUUAUCUGUCCCCUCUGCCCUGCACCAUCUCUCAGGUCUUGCAGAUCUGUCUCAUCCCAAGGUUUCUGCUACCUGUAGAGGAAAUCCUUGGGGGGAUUUCUUAGUACAGCAAGAUUUUCUUUGUCCCUUUCCAUGUCCUUCAACUAGUUCACUGACCUUUGAGGGGCUUAUAGAACUGACCUUUGAGGGCCCUAUAGCAUGGUGCCAUAAAAGAUGGUGCAUAGCACAGUAGGAUUAUCUUACCUGUGAUGUAGGUGAGAAAGUAUUUUCAUUGCUGGCACCUCAAAUACCGGUGGUGCACAGGACACCUGAUGUCAUUGUCCCACCAGCUCCUAGACUGUUGAAUAUUUACCACUCAUCAACCUGAUUAUAAGGGAGGCUUCUGGUCAUAAAAAUAUACUGGUCUCAUGUGAGGUUUUUAUAUCAACUUUAAAUCUUUACAAGCACCUGUGCACACAAGACAACGACUCCCACCGCCACCCAUCUUUCCUGAACUCUCCUCUUUCCUGCUUCUCUUUCUCUUCAGGUGUUGAUUGCAAAUCCUUUGCCCCUGAAACACUAAAACUGACAUAUUUGUAAAAGAAUUUGAAUGCUGUAGAACUUAUGUGGAGUUACGCAAGUUGCUGAGUAUUUGCUAUCCUUGGUUAAAAACCUGUUGGCUGUGGGGGAAAUAUGUUUCUAUAUCUCAACUUCUGCAGUGCCUCUUCAC